AUGCAGCAAAGCCUCUUCUUGGGCAUCUCCGCCCUUCUCCUCGGAACUGCGGUAGCAGCUCCGAAAGGUUCAGACGAACAGGUUGUCGCUCACAUCGUCCGAGGCCCAGACUCCCAACCGUACCUAGAAUCAGGCGAAUGGGUCCGUCCCAUCGCCGCCCGGGGCCGCUCCCGAUUCCACUUCAACGGCACCUCCAACGGGACUUCGUCUGCUGUCGGCACGGGCACCGCCGCGGAGACCGCCAGCAGCACUCACUACACCCUCUCGUACAACACCUCGUCCACCGCUUCCGCCUCCUCCUCGUCGUUCCACGCUUCCGGAUGCCCCGAAAGUGUCACCACCUCCUUCACCACGGUGGACGUCACGUUUUACAUCACGGCGACGACUUCGUAUGGCGGCAACUUGACAUCGUCGAGGGGCACCGGCACAGCCUACCUGCCUUCGUCUUCGUCCUCGCUGCCUGCCAACUCUACCAGUUCGAGAGCAGCAUGGAACACCACCUCCUCGACUUCCAUGAUCCUCUCGACCGGCUACACUUUACCCGUAAACUCAACAACCGUUUCAUCCGCGGCACCGUCCGAGUCCCCCUGUCCUGACGACACCGCCAGCACCCAUCAGCCGUACCCUAACAUCACGUCGACAUACUCCAGCUCAUCCUUGACGACCGGGGGUUCAGAUGGGACCGUCACCUCCGUACCCGUCUGGCACAACACCACGUCUGCGGCCCCCUCUCAGACAACCGAGCCUUGCGAUGAUGAUAUGAGCUCUACUUCCUCAUAUACCAACUCGACUUCAACGGCGUUCAGCAGCCAGCUCAACUCCACGGCGCCGUGGUCCACCAAGACAUCCACCAGCGCGGCCGUGGAGACGCCUUGUGACGAUGAGACCAGCACCGGAAGCACUGUUCCUACAUUCACAUCUAGCAUGCCCGUCGCUAACUCGACUACGACGUACACUCUCUCGACAAAGACUCAAAAUGGGACAUACACCCAGUCGGCCACCACCUCGGCCAGCGCCACGACCGAGCCAUGCGAUGACGAGACUACCUCCAGCGCCUCGAUAGCCCCAACAUCGUCCAGCUGGACAACACAGACGCCCAAUGUGACUCCCUUCCUCCCCAACACCACCAGCAGCAUUGCCACGUCCACCGCCCAGGCGACGACAGCCUUCUCCUCCGUCAUUCCGACGGAAAGCUGCGUCAUCGACACCUCUAUGGCGCCCAUCACCACCGCCUCGUUGACCACGGUCCCUACCUCGACGACAAUCCCAACAAAAACAGUCUGCCAAAACGACGCGCCGACGGGCAAGCCAAUGCCGGGCAACAACCACUGUGGCGUCCAUGGCUUGCCGGUAGGUAACUACUUCCUGGCUCGCUUCGUCAACAACGCCCCCAACGUACCCGUGACCCUUGAGGGCUGCUACCAAUUCUGUGCUAGCGUCAUGAACACCACCGACGGCUGCAAGUCGUACCGUUUCUACCCCGAAAAGGGUCUCAACGUCCCGCGGUGCGACCUGUAUGGUAGCACCGUCGCUUACGCGCUGGACUCCAUCGACAACGACCACCCUGAUCUGUGGUUCGAUCUCACUUGCGGCUCGCCCUCCAGUGAGCAGUGGGCGCACCUUCCAGGUAUCGAGCGUCUUCACGAGCUCGGCCUGGUGAGGUAG